AUGGCUGUUACAAAAGAGUCUUUGGAGGAAGUCUUAAGAGAAAAGUUGUCUGCAGAUUAUGUAGUAGCUACUGAUACUUCGGGCGGUUGUGGUCAAAGCUUUAACGUUAUUAUUGUUUCCUCGGUGUUUGAAGGCAAGACGCUCUUGCAGAAACACCAAAUGGUUAAUAGUGCCGCCAAAGCUGAAAUAGCUGCUUUACAUGCUUUCUCACAGAAAACCUACACGCCAGCUCAAUGGGAAGAGCAAAAUGGAACUUCUUAA